UAUAACUUACAUUACAUUAUUUAUAUUUCAUCAAAAUGUUAUAAUGGAAUCAGAAUUAUCGGAGGAAAGUACUUUACGUCCACAAUUUACAGUGGAUGAUUUGGAUAUUGAAAUAUUACCAAUUAUAUAUGAAAUAAUUCGGAGUGUUGAAAAAGAUCCACAUGAUACUGCACAAAAAGCUAAAGAAUCACAAGAUACAAGUCAUAAAAUUUUAGAACUUCAAAAAAAAUUAGAUUCUACAAGAGCUCAGAUUAGAAGAUUACCAGGAAUAGAAUAUAGUAAAGAAGAACAAUUACAAAAACUUGAAACUUUACGUAAACAACUUAGACUUAAGCGAGAGCUCUUAUUAAAAUAUCGUAACAUGUGUACAUUUGAAGUUCCAAAAAUAUAAAUAUUUUUAUUUGUUUUUUAAAAAAGACAAAUCAAACAUGGGUUUUUGGCGUAUCUUAUUUACAUAUUUGAUACAUAAUGAACAAUUAAUUAAUAAAUUGGCAAAUACAAAACCAAUUAGACGAUCUGCACAGUUUAUAGCAUAUUUAAU